AUGAAUAAUACCCGGUGGCCAGAGAUUGGAAGUACGACGGAGCUGAUGAGGGCUCAAAAUUCAGAUCUAUCACUCGUUUGCGAGCUCAUGCGGGAGCGAGCAAGACUGGAGCAAGAAUUCGUUAAUGGCCUACGCGCAUUGGUCCAAAAACACAAACCACGGGCUGAAGGCGAAAACAGGCAGUACUCAAAGGUGCUCAUCGAUGCAUUCGAACAAGAAAUCGAGGUUCGCUCGGGUCCCAAUCCGAACAUGCCCGAGCACAUCGCGUUAGAGGAGAAGGAGCUGUCGGUCUGUUCGGAACUCGCACAGGUGCUGUAUAAUGCACACGCGACACACGACGACAAAUAUACAAGGCUAUUGGCUUCUACGGGUGAACUCAAAGAGUGGUGGAACAAACAGUGGCACCAAAAGUCGCCCGAGGGGAUGCGAAUGCCAUUUGUGGAACUCGAAUAUCGCCUAAGUGUGCACCAUCAACGCACAUCCGCGAGGAACCUGAAGGGGUGGUAUGAAGUCAAAUUACCGCCACUGGUGGAAUCUCUCCAUUCGGCCCUAGAGGACACGAAAGCAAUCAUGAUCAACACAAUAAAUACCAUAAUCGAUCGUGCAUCAACAUGUAGUCGGAUUUAUUCCCGCGCGCUUGGUAGAGCAUCCGAUUUACUCCCAUUAAACUACCGUGCAUCAAUCCAAGGAAAGAUGGAUCUAGAACUAGUCAGCGAGGCACUCGUCCCGGUGGCCUAUUACAACCAUUUCUUCGAAGGACGGAGCUUGCCUCUGCAUUUUGGCACAGGCACUCUUUCUCUCACUUUCCCGGCGCCUUAUUCUUUGCGUGAGCCGGAUCCACAAGAGUUAUUGCAAGCCGAACGGAGUAACGACUUCACGUGGGUCUCUUCUGAAGCUGUCACUCUGUUUGAAAUUGUGCAAUACGGCCCCCUUCUUCCCUUCAACUCGCGAGAGUUUCAACUCUUUAAAACAAUCACCGGAAAUCGAAAAUCUAUCAGCUUGCCGGAUUCAUCAGUCUGGGAACCCCUAGGAUCUCCGAGGCGCAAGGAACUUCUCAAGAUGGCCAUUGGAAAAGUGGAUCCACGGUGGCUCACGUUCCGUGAGGAUUCUGAGGACAUUGUGGCUGCUUUCAUAAGGAAAUGGGAUAUUGAAAACGACAAGCCAAAGCCCAAAGGAAAGUAA